CUGGCGGCGGCGUCGGGGGUGGAGGUCCGCGCGCGGCUGCAUCGGCUUCAGCGGCUCGGGCGGCCCCGGCUGCGGCGGGGAUGGGCGGGCGGCCUUCCCGGGGGCGCGAGGUUCGCGCGACGUGACCAUCUGGACUUGGAGCCCGGCCGCCCGGCCGCGCCGGGUCGAGGUUCUGCUCGGUGGGCGCGGACGCGGGGCCGGCGGCCGAGCAGGAGCCAGAGCAUGCGGGGCGCGGCGCGGGCGGCCGAGGGGCGCGCGGGGCAGCUGUGGCCGAGGCCCCCCGCCUUGGGCCCUGGCCCGCCGCCGCUGCUGCUGUUGCUGGCCGUGCUGCUUGGUGGCGCGGGCGCGCAGUACUCGAGCGACCUGUGCAGCUGGAAGGGGAGCGGGCUGACGCACGAGGCCCACAGGAAGGAGGUGGAGCAGGUGUACCUGCGCUGCUCCGCAGGCACCGUCGAGUGGAUGUACCCGACCGGGGCGCUCAUCGUGAACCUGCGGCCCAACACCUUCUCGCCAUCCCGACACCUGACCCUUUGCAUCAAGCCCCUCAGGGGCUCCUCGGGGGCCAAUAUUUAUUUGGAGAAAACUGGAGAACUGAGACUGCUGGUGCGGGACGGGGACCACGGGCCCGGCCAGGAGCCGUGCUUCAGCUUUGAGCAGGGUGGCCUGUUCGUGGAGGCGACGCCCCAGCAGGACAUCAGCCGGAGGACAACGGGCUUCCAGUACGAGCUGACCAGCCGGCGCGCGGGGUCAGAUCUGCACGGCCUGUCGGCCCCGUGCCGCCCCUGCAGCCACACAGAGGUGCUCCUGGCAGUCUGCACCAGUGACUUUGUCGUCCGAGGCUCCAUCCAGGACGUCACCCACGAACCAGAGCGGCAGGAGUCAGCCAUCCACCUGCAUGUGAGCCGGCUCUACCGGCAGAAGAGCAGGGUAUUCCGGCCAGCCCCUGAAGGUGGCGGCUGGCAAGGGCGCGUGUCCACGCUGCUGGAGUGCGGCGUCCGGCCCGGGCGGGGUGAGUUCCUCUUCACUGGCCACAUGCACUUCGGGGAGGCCUGGCUCGGCUGCGCCCCGCGCUUCAAGGACUUCCAAAGGAUGUACAGGGAUGCUGAGGAGAGGGGGCUGAACCCCUGCGAGAUGGGCACGGAGUGACCAUUGCAUGGCUGCCGCUGCCACGGUGGAUGCUGGCUCUGGUGGGUGCCCUGCACCUGAGCUGUGGAGGGACACGACCGAGGACUCCCUGACCAAGGGACUGGAAAUGCUGUAACAUGCCAACUAAGUUAUUAUAUUUUUUUUAAAAAAAGAUGUCCAUAGGAAGCAAA